CGUUCAUCACCAUUAGGACCCAUUUGUUGUUGUUGUUGUUGUUGCUGUUGUUGUAAGAGAUUCAACAGAGAUGGAAGGUUGCAAUAGUAGCAGCAGCUCAUGUGCUUCUUAUGCUCUUAUUGCAGCUAUGCUAUCGCUACUUAUCUUCACCGUCCAUGUGAAAUCAAGCUCCGCCACACAAAUCAACAACACCGAGUUCAUCAAGACUCGUUGUGAAGUAACGAUGUAUCCCCGUGUCUGCUUCGACUCUCUAUCCGUCUACGCAAAUACCAUCCAAACAAGCCCACAGCAACUGGCUAAUGCCUCGUUGUCCGUGAGCCUAGCCAGCGCCCAAUCGACUUGGACCAUGAUGUCUCGGUUGUUGAAGGGGCGUGGCAUGAAGCCCAGAGAGGUGGGCGCUGUGAGGGACUGCAUCGACAACAUCGGUGAAUCCAUCGAUGAGCUGAAGAAGUCGAUAGAGGAGAUGGGCUACCUUAAUGACCCCGAUUUCCAAUUCCACAUGGAAAAUAUCCAAACGUGGGUGAGCGCGGCAUUGACUGAUGAGAACACAUGCAUGGAUGGCUUUGCGGGCAAUGGCAUGAAUGGAAAUGUGAAGAGUACAAUCACGAGUCGGGUUGUGAAUGUGGUUCAGCUAACAAGUAAUGGUUUGGCUCUAACCAACAGCCUCACUUCCACUCAACCCAUUUCUCGUUAGUUCUUUUCUAGUUUCAAUAUUUUUAUUGUGAAAUUGUAUAUAUUGAUAUGGUUGUUAUAUAUCUCUAUGCCUGGUGGCUAUAAUGAUUAUAAAUGAAGUUAAAGUUGUUUGCUAAA